CAACAGCCGAUGCAGAUGGUGGAACACAAAAAUAUAAACCCCUCCCUCCAUUCCAUCUUCCAUAUUCAUUGAUUCGUUCUCAAUUCUCACACAACACUCUCACAUUCUGCUUCAUUUGGAGUAAUCAUCAACUUACCUAAUCCACCAUCACAUGAUGUGUUUUUGUUAACAGCCUCUUGUGUUUCUAAUUCUAAUCGCUAAGUACGUUUCGCAAGGCACUCCCAAGUCUUUCGGAUUGCAGACCAAUUCCGACGUCAAUCAAGGUCAAUUGGAAAUUUUAUAUUCAUCUUCAAGUUCUUAGCAACGUUGAUUUCCUCAACUGAAAUUAAUGGGAGAAUUGACGGGGUAUCAAUUGGGGGUUAUUGGUGCGUUGUUUCUAUCUGUGGCAUCAUCUGUAUCCAUAGUCAUCGUCAACAAAGCCCUGAUGAGCAAUCUUGGUUUUCCAUUUGCUACAACAUUGACUAGUUGGCAUCUAAUGGUAACAUAUUGCACGCUUCAUGUGGCACAUCGUUUGAAUUUCUUUGAGAACAAGAGCAUUGAUAUGAAGACUGUAAUCCUAUUUGGCAUUCUAAAUGGCGUUUCAAUUGGUUUUCUUAACUUGAGCCUUGGAUUCAACUCCAUUGGUUUUUACCAGAUGACCAAACUUGCAAUCAUUCCUUUCACUGUCCUGUUAGAAACUCUUUUCUUGAAAAAACAAUUCAGCCAGAAAAUAAAGUUAUCUCUUUUCCUCCUACUUGUUGGAGUUGGAAUUGCAUCAGUGACUGAUCUUCAGCUCAAUUUUGUUGGCACAGUUCUCUCACUUCUAGCCAUCAUGACCACAUGUGUUGGUCAAAUUCUGACAAACACAAUUCAAAAGCGACUAAAUGUGACAUCAACUCAGCUGCUAUAUCAAUCAGCACCAUUUCAAGCAGCUAUUCUGUUUGUCACAGGCCCAAUGGUAGACCAAUACCUCACCAAGCAAUAUGUUUUUGCUUUCAAAUAUUCGCCUCUUGUUUUGGGAUUUAUAAUACUUUCAUGUGUGAUUGCGGUUUCGGUGAAUUUUAGUACAUUUUUGGUGAUUGGAAAAACAUCACCUGUUACAUACCAAGUACUUGGGCAUUUAAAGACAUGUCUUGUUCUUGGAUUCGGGUAUACAUUGCUACAUGACCCUUUCACUCAAAGAAACAUCAUUGGAAUCCUUGUUGCCAUUCUUGGAAUGGGAUUGUAUUCCUACUUUUGCACACAUGAAAACAAAAAGAAACAAAUGCUUGAUCUCUCUCCAGCUUCCCAGAUUAAAGAUAAAGAUAGUAAUACACCUCUGUUGGGACACCAAGAUAAAGAAAAUCAUUUUGAAGCCAAGAAAGCAACGAAAGACUCCCUUGUUUAAGCUAAAGCGACUGGUCUAUAUAGGGGAUUUUUAAUGUGUUUAUUUUUCCUUUCCUUUUAUCAUGUAAUUCAAUUGAGUAUCAUGAAAUUUUGAUUCUUUUAAAUAAAAUUAAAUCUACCACAUCAACAUGUAUUUGUUUUAUGUUCA